AGGAAAAUAAAAAGAAAAAAGAAAAAAUCAACACCAGCGGCUUCUCUCUCUCACACAUACACAAAGUCGCAUACCCAGAAAAAAGAAACAAUCUUUGUGUUGCAGAAGUUAAGGUAAAGCUUCCAUAAUUCACACAAUCCACAGAGCCUCCAUUAAACAUUCAAUUCAUGGCAUCCUCUGCUAUAUUCCACUUUCUACCAUCAUCAUCUUCUUCCUUGACUUCUCUUUCCUUCAGAAACAGCAGAACCCAUUUAUCUCAAACCCCAAAUUUUUACAAGCCCCUUUUAGUCAAAGCUUCUACUUCUGUCGAUUUUUCUUCCCCCUCUAAAUCACCUACAUCGUCAAAGAAUAAUAACUGGCUAUGGAAAUACAAGGACAAUUCUGUGAAUAUUUAUUAUGAGGAACACGACAAGGGAAGCGAUGAGCCUUGUAAGAAUGUUUUGCUGAUUCCCACUAUUUCAGAUGUUAGUACUGUGGAGGAAUGGAGAUCAGUGGCUAAAGACAUUGCUGGACGAAGUGGUAAAGUUAAUUACAGAACUACCAUUGUAGAUUGGCCUGGUUUAGGCUACUCUGAUAGACCCAAGCUUGAUUACAAUGCUGAUGUCAUGGAAAAAUUCUUGGUCGACUUCAUUAAUGCUCCUAAUAGUCCAGUGAACAAUUCGGAUAAGGACUUGGUGGUGUUUGGAGGAGGACAUGCUGCUACAAUAGCAGUUCGUGCUGCAAAGAAGGGCUUGGUGAAGCCAACAGCGAUUGCUGCUAUUGCUCCCACCUGGGCUGGUCCACUUCCUAUUGUUUUUGGAAGAGAUUCCAGCAUGGAAACGAGGUAUGGUCUCCUUAGAGGGACAUUAAGGGCCCCUGCUGUUGGUUGGAUGAUGUAUAAUGUACUUGUCAGCAAUGAGAAAUCAAUACAAUCACAAUAUAAGUCCCAUGUUUAUUCAGAUCCCGAAAAGGUAACUCCAGAUAUCAUCGAGAGCCGAUACGCACUCACAAAGCGGCAAGGUGCUCGCUAUGUGCCUGCUGCUUUCUUGACUGGUUUGCUUGACCCGGUAAAAUCCAGGGAGGAAUUUGUCCAACUAUUUGCUGAGUUGGAGGGUAGGAUACCGGUUCUAGUUCUGGCAACCGCAGGUUCUCCGAAGAGGUCGAAAGCAGAGAUGGAAGCACUUAGGGAGGCCAAAGGGGUGAGCAAGUAUAUCGAAGUGCCAGGUGCUCUCCUUCCCCAGGAAGAGUAUCCUGAAAUAGUUGCAGAACAGCUUUACAGGUUUCUGCAAGAGAAGUUUGAGCUUUAGGCUUAAAAAUGGUUAUCAGCUCAAGUAGUCAAAGGUACAGAAUUUUCCCAUGGACAACAGUGAGGUUAAGUGGUUAAAUUUGGAAGUAUGAGAUGACAGUAUCAGUGGCUUUAUACAUGAUAAUUCUGCUGAUUUGAAGAAUGUAUGAAUUUGUAUCUAUAUUGAUAGAGGUUUUCCUCCUCUUAAACCAAACCUAGAAUCACAGAAAGUUGAGUGCUAAACCAAUCUAAGACAAACGAUGUUCUUAUUCAAUUUGUUGCUACAGCAGUUUUAUAGUUUUCUUUUUUAUUACAGAUACAUUGGUUAUUUAGCUACUCUUCAUGGCCUUCUAUGAGGAACUAAAUGUUACAUUGAUCUUUUGGCUCAUCAUACGAUUGAGGUCAACUUUGA